GAGAGAUUAUUGACGAAGAAACAUUAUCUGAUAAUUUUAUUGAAACUUCUGAUAAUUCUGACAAUGAAGUUUUAGAUAAUUCUGAAAAUAAUUUUGAAUCAUCAAUAUUGAAUCAACCUGAAUUGCUGAUAUCAAUUCAACCUGAACCUUCAAUGUCAAGUCAAUCUGAAUCUUUGAUGUCAAACCAAAUGUUGAAAAAAAAUAAAAAUCCAUGUGAAUACUCUAUUAAUGAUUAUGUAUGCCUUAUGGUUCCUAAAAUAAAUCAUAAUAGUAUUGAUCAGUAUACUUUGCCUUGCAAAAUAAUCGAAGAAUUACCUAAUCAGACAUACCGAUUACAAUGCAAAAAUGGUAUUCUCGAUUCUACAUAUUGUGCAAAUGAAAUUAUGCCACUUGGAUUAGCCAUAUAUGAAGAACUUGAAGUUUGUCAAGAAAAAACUAUUGGCAUACGUGAAGCUGCAAGAAUGCAAUCUACAUCUACUGCUAUAAUUUAG